UUCUCAGCUGCGCUCAGCUGGCAACGUCACACAUAAGAGAAGGGAGCUGUUCAACUGAGCUACGUUGUACUUGAAAGCCAGAGAGGCGAGCAGGAAGAGUAUCUUGCACUUUCCCGUUCACAUGGAGAACUAUCCAGAAACUAUGAGGAAUUCCGCUGUUCAAAAUCCAUCAUUGAAGCCCAGUACUACAAUCGAUCCAGUGACAAGUCACAAUGGUAGUGUUUUUCAUAAUGAAAGCGACCUUUUUGGAAGAAAUGAAGAUGUAGCCAAGAUAGAGAUAACCGUGCUAAGUAUCACAUUUGUUGUCGCUGUCAUUGGGAACUUAAGUGUUUUACUGGCUUUAUCCAGGACCAAGAAAAAAAUCUCCAGGAUGCAUCUCUUUAUAAAGCACCUCAGUUUGGCAGAUCUAAUGGUUGCUUUUUUCCAGGUCCUGCCUCAACUUUGCUGGGAGGUAACUUUUCGCUUUUCGGGGCCAGAUUUUCUUUGCAGAAUCGUGAAACAUCUCCAGGUUCUGAGUAUGUUCGCCUCAACCUACAUGCUGGUUAUGAUGACUGUGGACCGUUACAUUGCCAUAUGCCACCCGCUGAAGACUCUCCAGCAACCUACCAGAAGAUCGUAUGUGAUGAUAAUCAACACGUGGGUAUUUAGUUUUCUUCUCAGUAUACCUCAGUACUUCAUCUUUUCUUUGAGUGAAAUUGAAACCGGCUCCGACGUCUAUGACUGCUGGGCGCACUUUAUAGAGCCAUGGGGUGUUAAGGCAUAUAUCACUUGGAUAACUCUUGGUAUCUUUCUCAUUCCAGUUGUGAUACUAGUGAUCUGCUAUGGUUUUAUCUGUUAUAACAUCUGGAAGAACAUCACAUACAAAACCCAAAAAAAACAGGGCGAAACAGCGUCCAAAAACGGACUGAUCACGUCCUGUGUUAGCAGUGUGACAACGAUAUCCAGGGCCAAAAUGCGAACUGUCAAGAUGACUUUUGUCAUUGUUCUGGCGUACAUUGUUUGCUGGGCUCCUUUCUUCAUUGUGCAGAUGUGGUCAGUCUGGGAUCCAACUUUCGCUUGGGAUGACUCUGAAAACACUGCAGUGACACUAUCGGCUCUGCUAGCAAGCCUGAACAGCUGCUGCAAUCCUUGGAUAUACAUGUUCUUCAGUGGGCAUCUCUUGCAAGAUUUUGCACACUGCUUCCCCUGCUGCCAGAAGAUAAACCGUAAGUUUAAGAAAGAGGAUUCGGACAGCAGCGUCAGGAGGAACACUCUGUUAACAAAGCUCCACAACAGAAGUCCAACCUGUAGCACAGGAACCUGUAGAGAACAUAACAAUUCCCCUAAAUCAUGCAGGUCCAUCCCAGUAAACACCUGAAUCUGUUUUUUAUUAAUAAUGUGUAUAACAAAUGAGACAAGGAAUGACCAGGCAUUGUGCUGUUGGAAGGAAUAAACUUUGGUCAUCUGUUAUUUGCUGUGAAUUUUGAGGAAUGUUAAGAUAUCUAAACCUACUAAUUGCCUGGUAUUUCACUUCAGGUAAAUCAUUAAAAAAAAAUUUUUUAAAGAGCUUAACAUUCCCUUGAAUUUCUGAGUAAUCGUAGCAAGGACAGUGCACGGGGAAUUAGAACAUUGAGGUUGGAAAAUAAGGAAUUAUGUACAGAACAAAUGCAGAGUGUAGCAGUCUUCAUCCUAUAGCAUGCUGUCGUAACACGUGUGUUUUCUCAGUGUAACCUACAUGCAUGAACCAUAGUAUGGGACGGUGUCACCAUUUGUUUAAUAUUAAAUUAGAGCUCAUUGUCUCUGCAAAUUGACGGAAACGUCAAAUUAAAUGGUACUUUCACAGCAUUCAUUUUGUAAAGUAUAAAUCUGCCAAAAAACUGUACCCUUGCAGGCAAAAAUAAAAAAAAAUAAAUAGUUGUCCAUAACUAAAUUUUACAGUACCAAUAUCCUUCACUGUUUUCCAUCACCAAACACUCUGAUUAACCUUCUUAAAUAUACAUGUUUCAAGAUUUGAUUUAUGUUAUCGAAAGGGUCAGUUUGUUGAGAAGUUCAUGACCAGCUUGUACAUUAAGCCUUUUUUUGUUUGGAGCGUGAUCCUAAAAAGAGUCAGUUAGUCUGCUGCUAAAACAACCUUCUUUUAAAGCUGAAAAUAUUCGAUAGAUACAGUAUAUUCUCUUGCUGCUUUAAAUAAUAGUGUAGGGCUUUUUGGCUUUAUUCUUUUUUUUUUUCCAUUAACCAAAUGUAAUUUUUAUUUCAAUUUUAGUCCAAAGCAGUCAUGAAUAUGUAGAAUUAAAAUAAUAAUAAAUAAAUAAGACACACAGCACUUUUAUAUAACACCUUAUAAUGGUGUUUUAUUAAUAUUUGUCUCUGAAUUGUUUACAUACAAUUAAUUGGAAGGCAAGGUUUACAAUGUGUUAACUUCAAGAAACAUAUUUAACAUUACGCUUGAAACAGCAUAGUGAAAAUAAGAAGUAACAUACUAAUUCUCCUUCGAUUGCAAGAAAUCAUACAGUCCCUCAGUAUGUGCUGCACUAUAUAACAAUGUUGCAGGUAUUUAUUGAUAUUCUAGCAAAUAUUUAUGUCCUUGUGAUUUAAAAAAUAAUGUUUUUAUUAUUGUUGUUGUCAACACCAUAUUAUUACAAGCGGCAUAUAACACAUACUGUCUUACCUUGUUUGAGAAAUAAUU